AUGGAAAAUGCGACCGCAAAUAGUGAAAAAAUCUUGAGGGAAGAAAAGGCUGAAUUUCAUGUGAUUCUUCUUUGCUGUAUUGUACUUCUUUUGGCUGUUGUGAUAGUCGCGGGAAAUUCUUUGGUCAUCGCUUCGGUUAUAUGUAACAGGCGACUUCAAACGAAAACAAGCGCGUUUAUUACAAGCCUGGCCAUUGGGGAUCUCAUGAUUGGACUUAUUGUAAUUCCCCUGAUUGUUGUGUCAAACACAGUGGGGCCAUUUGUUGAGAACGGGCUCACAUACUGUCAUGUCACGAUCUCUUUGACCAUAACUCUUAUGUUCAACUCCGUAGCGAAUCUGGGCGCCGUUACGUUCGAUCGAUUUCUGGCAGUGGUAAUUCCUCUACGUUACAAGUCAGUCAUGACGAAAAGAAUGAUUUUCCCAAUCAUCGCGUUUUUAUGGAUUUUUUCAACCAUUUUUGGGUUUAUCCCUUUUAUGGGAUGGCGUACUGUAAUUCCGCCUAAGCAUUCCUCCGGGCUGUUUUGCCAAGUGCCACUAAAUCUUGCCCAGGGCUACAUUAUCACCGUCUGCGUCGUUGCUCUUUUUCCAUCGAUUUUCGUCCUGGCGGCGUACAUUAAGAUAUUUAAAACAGCCUGUCAUCACGAACGGAGGAUUGCUGCGGCUGUCAACAGCGUAUUUCGUACUCAAAAUGAUCCUAAACUUAAUAUUAUCAAAGAGACGAAAGCUGCCAAGAUGGUGGCGCUGGUUUUGGGCACAUUUAUCUUCACAUGGGCACCUCUGUUUGUAAUCAUGAUUGUUGACACCACGUUGAACAACACCGUCAAUUCCUAUGUUUAUGCUGGAGGAGUGAUAUUCGCCACACUUAACUCUGCUUUAAAUCCUCUGCUCUAUGCCUCCAUGAACUCCGAGUUCCGCGACACGUUCAAAAUGUUUCUGACAUGCGGGAAAAGAAGCGCGAAUCGCGUCGCACCCGCGGUGGCUGAGUGA